AUGGCUAAAUUGGACCUCUCCGGCUUCGUUUCUCAAAAACAAAGAUUUGAACUUUCAAAUAUUUCGCUCAGGUGUCUCAUUCUUCAUGCAAACCAUGGCCUUCGAAAAGAUAUCAUGGAUUAUCCUGAGUAUAAGACUGAUUAUCCUGGUGUUGUUGAUGAUGGUGAACGUGUUGUUCCACACUCUCCUCCGCGUUUACGGUCAACCGCUGGAUGCUUCUUUCGCUGGUGGAUAUCACGACCACUCGCCCGCUUUCGUGCGUAUCAUCUGAGUUCCGAUGGUCGAUCGAUACACGCAAUCGCCUUUCCACCAACACCGCCACCAGCAUCGCAUCAAAGCGCUCGAGGCUUCAUGUUCGACGAGAACAGUAACACCGCCGCCGGAGCUGGUGCUGUGGUGGCUCAGUCGGGCGCUCUAGCUCCGGGAACGAUCCCCGGAAAUGUCUCGGCACCAAACUCAGCUAUCGUCACGCAAUUGCUCAACGUCAAGGAUAGCCGCUGGCUUCAGGUGGAAGUCUGUCGCGAAUUUCAACGUGGACAAUGCGCUCGAAGCGAUUUGGAGUGCAAAUUCGCACAUCCACCUCCACACGUUGAUGUUCAACAAGGCCGUGUAACGGCAUGCUAUGACAGCAUAAAGGGUCGAUGUACGCGGGAGAAUCCGAAAUGCAAGUAUCUGCAUCCUCCACAACACAUAAAGGACCAACUACUGAUCAAUGGCAGAAAUAAUUUGGCACUGAAAAAUCUCAUAUCAGCACAGUUGAAUCAGACAGCAACCGGACAGCCGAUAGCGGUGAACCCAAUUGCACAGAUUAUGCAGCAACAACAGGCGGUGGCCGCCGCCAACAUGAUGCCCACGCUGCCUUACCCCUACUAUCAGGGUCUGGUUUACUCUCCAGUCCUGCAAGCCGAUCCCUACCAGGCCGCUGUCUCGCAGCAACUGCAGGCGGCUGCGCUGCUGCACGGGGGCGGCGGCGGCCUGCUUGCAGCUCCUGCGCAGCUUGCGCAAGCCGCUGCCGCUGGCGUCGCACUGGCUGCUGCUCCGUCGGCCGCUGCUCUCCAGCUACCGCUCGCCGUUUCCGCUGCCACCGCUGCCAGCCGCAAGAGGCCUCUGGAUGAAGAAUCGCUAGCCGCCGAUCAGCAGCAGGCGCACUUCCUCAAUCUGGCUGCUGCCGUUUCCGCUGCGGCCGGUGUCCCUUGCAAACGUCCAGCCGUUGACAAGAAUGGAGCGGUUGUGUACUCUGCGAAUCCACAACCAGCUCAACAGUUCAGUCCCUACGUGCUACCGGGUCUUCAGGGUUAUGUACCCGCCGUGUCAUUCAGUGGGCCACUGCCACCUCGCUACUAG